CACACAAAGCAGACGGCGACGAAGAAGAAUGGAAGAGGGGAAGAAGAUUGCACAAGAUCGGAUGAUCGAUCCAGGCCAACACUGCUUCCGCAACGCCUCGACCAUCCUCUACUCCUAACAUUGUUCCAUGUUUGCAUCUCUGUUGCAUUGUCGUUAUGGCUUACACACGAGCUUCACCACGUAUCCCUUCCAAAAAUAAAAAGAUUGCAAGGGGUGGAGCAAUCGUUAUUGAGGACACCCAAAAUGUUCACAAAGCCAUGUGGGAUACUGAAUCCACAAGGAUUUUCUUAAAGCUUAUUGCUGAUGAGAUUCUUGGGAAAUCGGCCAUUCAUGGUUUUGAGUAGCACUAGGUACAAUUUGUUGGCGAAGAAGUUUGAAAAAAAAAAAAAAAAGGUAGAAAACGUGAUGUCAAGCAAUUGAAGAACAAGUACACAAGCAUGAAACGAGAUCGGACUACAUGGAUGAAGUUGAUGGACCUCCAAAGGAAUUACUGGGAUUGGAUUUGAUGCAAAAACAGACAUGUUUCAGGCUUCUGAUGAAUAGUGGGAUCGGAUGGAACUGUUGUGCAAAGUUCAAGAAUAAAACUUUAGAGCAUCAGGAUUUGAUGGAGAUUGUCUUCAUAGGGGCUGUUGUAACCGGCAAACAUCAUUGGACACCGGGGGAGAGGACUGUCGAAGAUAAUGAGUGCUCUUCUGAUUCGGUUCAGAGCCUUGGCAUGCGGCCAUUCGUAGGUCCCAUCCAUUCAGUUGGUAUUGACAUGGAGGCUAAUUCCUCAAUGGAAAGUGCUAAACCUAGGGUUGAAGCUGGGGCGAAAGGGAAAAGAAAUACUCCUGCAAGUUCUAGAAAGUCGCGGAAGUCGACUAGUAGAGCAUCUGCUAUAGCCGAUAACAUGAACAAACUAACCAAUGUUGUCCGAAGUCAAAACGAACAAGUUACUGCUAGGCACUUAACUGGCAAUGAGUCGUUGUAUACCAUUUCAAAGUGUAUAGAGAAGCUGAAAUCCAUUCUUGCCCUAGUUGGUACACUGUUGUUCCACUUUGCAUCGUCUCUUAUGGACAACGCUAAUUACCGCGAGGUUAUGAUGUGCCAGCCCGAUGAUGACCAUAUUAUCAGAUGGCUUACAUAGAAACAACUACAAAGCUGUGCUGGAGUUCCAUUUGCGAACCUCUUUCGUGCACGACGGGUUUGAUGGCUGCUAGGAUGGGCCAAUGGGUUGAGUAGUUGCUAUUUACUGAUGGGAACUUGUCCGUGUUAUGUGUUGAUGUUUUUAUGGGAACUUGUUACUGUGUUGGAUUUUAAGGACGUGUUUCAGUUUUUAUUUUUGUUUUAUGGUUAUUAUUAUUUUUUUUUUUUGGUUUGUUUCAUUUGUAAUACUUGGUAGGAUGAUUUGGUGGAACAAUAUGAACACUUUUUUUUUUAAUUUUUUUUUAAUAAUUUCUUAGUGUGUAUGAAAUGGAUGGUUUAUGCAUGUUUGGUUUGGCAGAUUACUUUUCUUUUAUCUUGGUUAUGCAUGGUAUGUUGUUGAUGUAUAUAUUUAUGUUGGUUAAAUAGUUGAACAAGUUCAAAGUGACAGUAAUGAUUUUA